UCCCCAAAUCAAAGCGAUUAAACAAAUUCUUUGGAAUCCUGAUUGGUCCACGUGCCCCAAAUCCUGUCCAAAACAGCUAGCGGUUUCUACACCAAACCGCCGGUUCUCCUUCCUCAAAAACUUUCCUUAUAUAGAUGGUUUUUUCUGCUGAUGAUAGUCAAGACCAAAACGGUGUCUCUAAUCUCUAAAACCUCGGUUUGUCUCCUUUAUCUCCGUUUCUCACUUCCUCUCUAAGUUUUUCCCCUUUUCUUUUCAAAAAUAAAAAGCAAAAAAAAAAAAAAAAAAACUAAAACGCCGAUUCUUUUUGUUUUUUUCUUUUUUUUGGUAAGCUUUAUAUUAUCCCUCUCUCCCUUUUUAUCGAACAUCGGGAGUUAAAUCUUUCUUUUUCAUUUUUUUGUUUGGAUAAUUAGAAAAGAGUAAUCGUCUGAGUUCUGCGCCGAGCUAAAUCUAUGGGGAGAGGGAAAAUAGUGAUAAGGAGGAUCGAUAACUCGACGAGCAGACAAGUGACUUUUUCGAAGCGAAGGAAAGGAUUGCUGAAGAAAGCUAAGGAGCUCUCGAUCCUGUGCGAUGCAGAAGUUGGAGUAAUUAUUUUCUCCAGCACUGGAAAGCUCUACGAUUUUGCUAGCACCAGCACGAGAACAGUAAUUGACCGAUACAACAAAACAAAGGAGGAACAUCAACAGCUGAGGAACCCAACCUCUGAAAUCAAGUUCUGGCAAAGGGAGGCAGCAAUUCUGAGCCAGCAACUGCAAAACUUGCAAGAAAAUCACAGGCAAAUGAUGGGUGAAGAACUUUCUGGAUUGGGUGUAAAAGAUUUACAGAAUUUGGAAAGCCAAUUGGAAAUGAGUCUUCGUGGUGUCCGUAUGAAGAAGGACCAAAUUUUGAUGGAUGAAAUUCAAGAACUGAACAGAAAGGGGAACCAAAUUCAUCAAGCAAAUGUGGAACUCUAUAAGAAGGUUUAUGGAAAAAGGAAUAUGAAUGAUGCAAACAAAGACUCACUUCUCACAAAUGGUCUGAGCUUUGGGGAGGACUCAAAUGUUCCUGUUCAUCUCCAGCUAAGCCAGCCACAACAACAAAACUACGAGACACCAUCAAGAGCUACAAAAUUGGGGUAUAUUUUCCUCCAUAUAGUAAAUGAUUUUGAUACAGAUUACAUUGCCACAAUUUGAUCUCCUUUUUUUUUC